UCUCUCUCUCUCUCUCUCUCUCUUAUAUUACCUGAUUUUCAUUUCACUUAAAAAUCAUGAAAGCCAAAGAGAUGAAGAAAGAGAGAGCCUUAGAAAGACUGGUGAAAUCCCCGGUACGUUUCUUGAUCAUGGCACGUGACGCCUACAUACGUAGCAUGACAUCAUGCUCCGUCGGUUUCAUCACCGGUGGUGGUGGUGGCUCAGGCGGAUUCGGUUUACCCGCGGGUCACUUUCAAAUCUUUGAAGCACCAAGCACUACUCUCCCUCGUAGCUUCACACUUGAUACGUCAACGACGACACGUGAACGCUGCCGGUUUGGCUCGGACUACUCACGUGUCGGUGGUGGUGGCGGAGAAGACAGGGAUGUGAUGAGACGAAAGUUGGAUCUCCGGAGAAAUCAUAGUUGUAUGGUGAUGGGAAAGAUCGAUGAAGAGAAGGCUUGUGAUGAGUUUGAAGAAGAGGGUUUGUUGUCUGUGUCUGAUCGGUUUAAGAAACGAAAGUUGUGUGGUGUUUUUACUAUUUGUCAACGGUAAAAAUAAAAAAGUGUCCCUCUUAAAUUAUUGUUUUUUCGUAUUUUCUUGUUAAUUCUCAAGGGACUGAUUUUGUGUGCAUAUAGAUUUCUUGAUUGUACGUAGUAUAUGAAUUUCAACUAUGCAUUAGCUUGGAAUGUUUUGUUUCAUACUAUUCACCUAGAGUUGAGUUACAUUUACAAUAUAGUUAUUUUGUUGGGUACUGAUUUACAAUAUAGUUGAGCUACGUUUCAACUAACCCAAUAUAAUUAUUAUAUUCGAAUCAGAUGAGA